UUUUUUUGCAGUAGACUGUAGUUUGACUGUCGGUUACAACGUGAAAAAACCUGGUUGUCUUGGCCUGGAAAAUAGUAACCCUGCGGAAUAUACCUGCUUACAGGGAACAGAGGUUUUAUAAGGAGAAAGUUAACUUUUGUUUGAAUGAAUGAGCACCUUUUGCAGUGUAAUCAUUAUGGAUUGUUCGUUUGAAAACACAAAUUCUAGGAGGAGGAAGUCUCAUACAGAGGAUGUAAUGGAGCUGCUUGAAGAAGAUCUCACGUGCCCGAUUUGUUGCAGUCUGUUUGAUGAUCCUCGAGUUUUGCCCUGCUCGCACAACUUCUGCAAAAAAUGUUUAGAAGGGCUCUUAGAGGGAAAUGUGCGGAAUUCCUUGUGGAGACCGUCUCCGUUCAAGUGUCCCACCUGCCGUAAGGAAACAUCAGCUACUGGAGUCAAUAGCCUGCAGGUCAAUUACUCCCUGAAGGGUAUUGUGGAAAAGUAUAACAAAAUCAAGAUCUCUCCUAAAAUGCCGGUGUGCAAAGGACACUUGGGGCAGCCUCUCAAUAUUUUCUGCCUGACUGACAUGCAGCUGAUCUGUGGGAUCUGUGCUACUCGCGGCGACCAUACCAAGCAUGUCUUCUGUUCUAUUGAAGAUGCCUAUGCUCAGGAAAGGAAUGCCUUUGAGUCUCUCUUUCAGAGCUUUGAGACUUGGCGUCGGGGAGAUGCCCUUUCUCGCUUGGAUACCUUGGAAACUAGCAAAAGGAAAUCCCUACAGUUACUAACUAAAGAUUCAGAUAAAGUGAAGGAGUUUUUUGAGAAGUUACAACACACAUUGGAUCAGAAGAAGAAUGAAAUUUUGUCUGACUUUGAGACCAUGAAACUUGCAGUUAUGCAGGCCUAUGACCCCGAGAUCAACAAACUCAACACCAUCCUGCAGGAGCAACGAAUGGCCUUUAACAUUGCAGAGGCUUUCAAAGACGUGUCAGAACCCAUUAUAUUUCUGCAACAGAUGCAGGAGUUCAGGGAGAAAAUCAAAGUAAUCAAGGAAACUCCUUUACCUCCCUCUAAUUUGCCCACAAACCCUUUAAUGAAGAACUUUGAUACCAGUCAGUGGGAAGAGAUAAAACUAGUAGAUGUGGAUAAACUUUCUUUGCCUCAAGACACUGGCACGUUCAUAAGCAAGAUUCCCUGGAGCUUUUAUCAGUUGUCUGUGGUGCUCCUCCUGCUUGGCCUUCUCAUUUCCCUUGGGCCUGCCAUGUCCUUGGAAUGGUCUUUAUUUGAUGAAUUUGCAGCUUGGAAAGAACAUCUUUCAAACUUCAGUUCCUCCUAUCUAACUAAAUCAGCUGAUUUUUUAGAACAGUCAGUUUUUUACUGGGAACAGGUAACAGAUGGGAUUUUCAUUUUCAGUGAAAAAUUCAAGAAUUAUACUUUAAUGGUACUGAACACUGUGGCAGAAUUUGUGUGCAAAUAUAAACUAUUAUAAAACCUGUUCAAGUAAAUAGUUCUCUGUCCUUUGUUGUUAGAAAUUUGUUAGAGAACAGAGUAGUAGUUCAGAUUCAGUAACAAUUCUAGUCAGAUAUUGCAUUCAAAAGUAUACCUUUCAAAAAUAAUGCCCUGUAUAUAUUUUUCAAGUUAGAUAGCAUAAAGAUAAAAGUGAAAUUAAUAGUACAGUCCUGAACCUCCUUCCUUCUUUUAAAGAGUACUUUUGAAAUUUUUUUUUUUUAAAUUAGCACCCCCCGCCCCACCCCAAUGUUUUGUGUUUAAAUUGUGAUAAAACUAGGAGGUGAAAGAGAACAUGUGAUCUAAUAGUGUAGUGAUGAGGUGGUCUAAUAGUGAUCAUGAAGCAUAAAGACUAGUAAAGUAGUUUUUGAUGGUGAACAUUCUUUAAAAAAGGAAAGAAUUUGAAGAUACUAGUGGAUUUCUUUUUUAAGAGAGGGUUGAUCCCAUUAUUGCCAAAAUAUAAAUCUAAUAUAAACAAAGUAGUAUUUUCUUGCAAAAAGUUUACAUUUUUAGGAGGGGUGGAGAUUUCAGCCUUCCCCUUGAAGUUAUCACCAGAGGAAUAAACAGCAGCGUUAGAUGGGCUCUGCAAGCGAAGGCAAAAGGCCUAAUACAUGCCAAGAGCAGAAAAUGGGAAAGCCACCUUUCUACUGACUGCUAAGUGUUGUGUUGUUGCAGUGGUUGUACAGUUAAACCAAUAUACUUGCUUAAGAAUUUUUUUAAGAGUAGUAAGAAAGACUAAUUUGACAACAGAUGAAGCAGCUAUUUAUUAUAAAAUACAAAGUAAUCUGCUAAACACUAAUGCUGUCCUGUCUGCUCCCAUGAGAUAGAUACCCUAGCUACCACAGAAUAAAAAUACUUAAUUUUCUCACCUUGCUUAGAAUUCAGAAGAGAACAAAGAAGCAACCUUAUCUUAACUGCUCUCUAGUCUGCCUUAUUUCUUUUAUGGAACAAGAUAUUCCUUUGAAAGUCUAUUACAUGGGAUAGAAUUUCAGAGAAUAGACCUACACUCUAUAAAUCUAUGAGUUUGCUUACCUGACAUGAGGAUUCACAGUAGAUAUGGGGCCUGGGGUGAGGGGCUGCUUUUCUGCUCCCAGUAUUUUUGAAAUGUAGAUUUAUCAUUUUCAUGAUUUUUUUUUUUUAAUGGAGUAAAGAAAAGGGAUCUAUUCGAUCUCUGUUUUCAGAUACAUUGGCAGUUUUCCUUAUACUACUAUUGAGUUUCUCCUCUAUUGCUCCUUUCAUUUUGUGUACUACAAGUUCCCAAGCAACUCUUUGGGAACACAGUUAUGGAUACACUGUUUGCUUUAUAAGUUACCUGGAAAUCUAGGUCUGUUUUUUGUUACUUUCCACUCCCCUCUGUUUCUUAAUCACAUAUGACUAACACCAUUUAUGGUUACAGGUUGAUUUACAAGUUCAUAAGGCUGUGGCUGAUGGUUUGUAGCCUCUAAGCAAGGGAAGAAAUGAGUAGUCAGGAACUGGCACUUUGAACGUGGGAGCGAAGAUGUUCACAACAAGGUUUUCUACUAUAAAGGAGUUUCCUGCAUCUCGGUUAGCACAAAUGUUAGAAGGCAGAGACCAAGAAUUCAGGAUGGUUGG